AUGGGCUCUCUAGACACGAGCACCAAGCAAGCUCCGCGCCUUGAAUCCGUAGCCUCCCCCCGAGAUCUCAACCUCCGCCGUGCAGGGCACGUGAUCGAAUCUCUGCUCUCUCGUCUCCUGCCGGUCCGCGGACUGUUGGAAGCGGACGACACGGUGGCUGGCUCUCGGCCUUCUCCUUCGCUUGUCCCGCUCCCAAUUACCUCCAACGUGUCUGAACUGGCGAGGGAUCCACGCCCCGUGUUGUCCUACCGCGAAUUCCUGGAGAGGAGAGGAGGAUCGUCGGACGGCCGGAGAGACGCUGACCCGGGAGUGUGCGCAGUGUGCAUGAAGUGCCUGGAGGGGGCCGACCAGGUGAGGGAGCUCCGUUACUGCGCCCACGCGUUUCACCGCGAGUGCCUUGACGCUUGGAUCGACCACGGCCAUGGUACGUGCCCAAUCUGCAGAGCGAAGCUAUGGAGCGAUCUGCCGGAGGAGCUGAGAGACGGCGGCAGCAACCCGUGGAGGGCUGAGAGGAUGUUGUACUUGUUUGGGGAGGAUCUGGAGUUCUGA